AUGGCGCGAUGUCCAAGUGGAGACCGGGCAGGGAAACCACCACCUGGCUUACAUCUGGAUGUAGUCAAAGGAGACAAACUCAUUGAGAAACUUAUUAUUGAUGAGAAGAAAUACUAUCUCUUUGGGAGAAAUCCUGAUCUGUGCGAUUUUACCAUUGAUCACCAGUCUUGCUCUCGGGUCCAUGCUGCCUUGGUCUAUCACAAACAUCUCAAGAGGGUUUUCCUCAUAGAUCUAAACAGCACACAUGGCACAUUCUUGGGUCAUAUCCGUUUGGAACCUCACAAACCCCAACAGAUACCCAUUGACUCCACGGUUUCAUUUGGCGCUUCUACACGAGCAUAUACUCUGCGAGAGAAGCCUCAGACACUGCCAUCAGCAGUUAAAGGAGAUGAGAAAAUGGGCAGUGAAGAUGAAGAGCUCAAGGGCUUGCUGGGCCUGCCAGAGGAGGAGACAGAACUUGAUAACCUGACAGAGUUUAAUACAGCCCAUAACAAAAGAAUUUCCACACUAACCAUUGAGGAAGGGAACUUGGAUAUUCAGAGACCAAAGAGAAAACGGAAGAACUCCAGAGUGACAUUCAGUGAUGAUGAUGAAAUCAUCAAUCCAGAGGAUGUGGACCCUUCUGUUGGGCGUUUCAGGAAUAUGGUACAGACAGCAGUAGUCCCUGUUAAGAAAAAACGGUUGGAGAAUCCAGGCUCGUUGACCACAGAUGAUUCUGCAUCACGACGUAUGCUUUUUGGAGGAUUAUAUGGUGGUUUACCUCCAACUCACAAUGAGGCAGGUUCCCAAUCGCAUGGCGUCCAUGGGACAGCACUCAUUGGUGGUCUGCCAAUGCCCUACCCCAAUCUUGCCCCAGAUGUGGACUUGACUCCUGUUGUGCCCUCAACAGUUAACAUGAACCCAGCUCCAAACCCUGCUGUCUUUAAUCCUGAAGCUGUGAAUGAACCCAAGAAGAAGAAAUAUGAAGGAGGCAUGGCCGGGCAAGAAGCCAACCCCUUCCCUACUGAUCUGAGUUGGGUUUCGUGGAGGGAGGGUGAGAGUUACAAACUCCAGAAACUGUUUAUGUGCAGUAUCGUCUUUUUAAAAUUUUGAUGUCCUAACCAGAUGUAAUACCAAGAUUGGAGAAGUGAAAUAUCCUUUAAAGAUCUGUCUUCAAACGUUUUUAUAUUGUCUGUUUAAAAAAAAAAAUACAACUCCCAUCUCCUUUUGAACCAAAAUAUUGGGCAGCCUUUCCUUAGCCAUUUCUGUCCCCAGAGGUCUUUACUCUGAAUUUUGAUUCAUAAGUUGAAGGGGCAGAGUCAUACAAUUUAAUUAUCAUUUAUGGCAUGACCCUGCAGAUUCGUGUAUUUAGGUGUUGUGCUUACUAUGAGUAACGUUGUUCUUGAUGGACUUGCUCAUAGCAGGUCAACUGUAUGAAAAGUAAAUGUUUGUGGGGCCAAGCCUUUCAGAAAUCCCAUUGAUAUGAGUUCUAAAACUUGCGAAAUAUAGGUAAGCUUUUUUUA